GGUGAAAUGGGCUCCAGAGAAUUUUUACCAUGACCACAAAAAUCCUUAUGGACUUCGAUUAGCCAGUGCAGAUGCGAGCGGUAUGAUCAUAAUCUGGGAUGUCGUGACUGCGAGUGUUGUAUCGGAGAUUUGCGAACCCGGCCAUAAUGUCCUAGGUAGGGACUAAUUUCUCGUGAUAUUUUGCCAUAGAUUUUCAGUGGAUAGAAGAUCAGAACGUUUCUCGCGAUCUUUUGUUCGCCAUUCACUCUAAAGGGAUUUGCAUACUGUGGAACACACAGACACAAACACCCCUCUGGAAGACAAGCGUGAACGAACACUUUCUCACAGUUUCAAUGGAUCCCCAUAACAUGAAAAAUAUCAUGCGUACGCGACUUGCCCUUCUCUUACAUUUUUAGUUGGAGGAUCAGCCAGGUUCACAGUUGUUAACAACUUUUCUCUUACUUCGGCAUUCUCGGUUGACAAACCUCCCAUUGAAUUCAGCGAUUUUGGUUUGUACACGUUACCUUGGGUACUCAGUUUUUAGAAGAAUCUCCGUCUCUUGGAUCCUCAAAAUGUGCUACCGACGCAAGUACCAACGGUGCCACUCUUGAAAGGUUCCGGCUGCGCACCUCUGGCGAUGCAGAGGCCGCUGCAGCUGGAUAUGCUGGGAACCAGCUCCUCGAAUGCCUACCUGACGGUACGGUGUCGGAUAUAAACGGCCACUGGGAAAAAAUAUCCAAAGCGCUACUCAAAGCAGGAGCGUCUGCUUGCGGUACAACCCAGCCAACUUCAUCCAAGCAUUGGAUCUCUGAUAGGACCGUGUCUUUGCUGGAGACCCGGCGACAGAUUCCAACUGGUCGCCACCACAACUCCACCCGGCGCAUCAUCCGACGCCAGGUGAAACUGAGUGUCCGCGCAGACCGAGAAGCUUGGUGGACCCGAAAGGUCGAAGAAAUGGAAGAUGCAAAGAAUGCUGGAAACGUGCGCAAAUUGUUCCACUUGAUUCGUUCGACUGGUCCUCGGAAACCUCUUGUCAGUGAAACAAUCAGGGACCAAAAUGGCUCCCUGAUAUGCAGCAAAGCAGAACGUUUGGAUCGCUGGGCACAGUACUUCGAACAACAAUUCAGCUGGCCACCUGCUAACCCCAAUCCAGAAACCCGGCCUUCAACAGAAAGGUGGACCGUAAAUAUGGAGCCGCCUUCAGUCUCAGAAGUGUCCGAAUGCAUUUCUCUACUCAAGCGCCAUCGCGCUGCUGGUCCUGACGACCUUCCACCUGCUCUCUUCAAGGAUGGCGGUGGAUUCCUCAGUCAGUGCCUGUCUAGCCUAUUUGGGUUUAUCUGGGAGAAGGAGACCGUCCCAGACAACUGGGGUGAAUCGAUAGUGGUACCCAUUUUCAAAAAGGGUACUCGCAGUGAAUGCAGCAACCACAGAGGCGUUAGCUUGACGCCUGUUGUGACAAGGCUUCUGGCGUCAUUGAUUCUUCGUCGUCUUAUGGCGGCACGCGAAGUCUUGACUCGUGAGAAUCAAGCGGGAUUUCGACCGGGUAGAGGCUGCGUUGACCACAUCUUCACGCUCCGUCAGGUGUUAGAGCAACGCCACAUGUACAGACGACCCACAAUCCUGGUAUUCCUUGACUUCAAGGGUGCGUUCGAUUCUGUUGAUCGAUCAGUUCUGUUAACUACACUUGCUCAACAGGGUGUGCCCCAGAAGUUUGUAAACAUAAUCCGAUCUCUAUAUUCACAUACUUCUGGGCGGGUGAGGGUGUAUGGUGAGCUCUCCAAAAGCUUUCCUACAAAAAGUGGUGUCAGACAAGGAUGUCCACUCUCCCCAUUCUUGUUCAACUUCGUCAUCGAUGAAAUAAUGAGGCGAACACUGGACGGUUUUCAAAACCCCGGUGUUCAAAUUGUUGCUGGCGAGAGCCUUGUCGAUCUGGAGUACGCAGAUGACAUCGCCCUCAUCUUUGAAGACCUUAGCGAAGCACAAGCCCUGUUGAAUAAACUGACCGCCAUCAUACCAUCAUUUGGCAUGCGCCUUGCACCUUCGAAGUGCAAAGUCCUGCUUCAGAACGUGCCAUCUGCGAACAUAUCCCUUACAGUUCAAGGAGAACCACUGGAGAUUGUGGAAAACUUUACAUACCUCGGUAGUUGUAUUAGCUCUGACGGAAGUGUGUCUGAUGAAGUCAGUGCAAGAAUCUCAAAGGCUCGAAUCACGUUUGCUAAUUUGCGUCACUUGUGGCGUCAAAAAGGCAUCUCACUGGAUCUUAUGGGUCGUGUGUACCAGGCUACAGUAAGAGCUGUGUUGUUGUAUAGACCUACACCUAAGCGCGACUCUUCUGACCUUGGCAGCAUCAGUCCCCCUGACUGUCUCCAAGUUUGCUAUCAUGGAUAUCGAAAGGACUGUGUUCUCUUCGUAUUCAGACGGAAGAUAACAAUUACUAGUUUACUGACUUCACAAGCACUUGGCACAAUAUCGCUGGAUCGCACCAUUCCCUCGUUUUGUAGAGUCUAUAGCUGCAUCCAGCGGGAUGUACUCAUCUGUCUACAUGAGAACGGUGGUCUCAGUGUGUAUGCGCACAGCGGUCUAAUAUGUCCAGUGAAAGGUACACAUUCUUCUAGCAGACCGGCUUCAGCCACUACAUCUCGAUCCAAGCAGGCUCGCUACGCUAUCGAAUCGUAUACGUACGACUUGAUUGCUAGUGUUGAGGGGUCUCGUCGAUUCCGCCAGACUUUUCGACCCGUUUUUACGGUUGAUCAGGCCCGCGAAGUUUCCAUUGCCGUGAGCGGGACGGAAGGUCGAGUGCAGUUCUGGCACCUGCGUCCACUCCCUCUACAAAUGUUGUCUUCGGAGCAACCACAAUCGCUGGAACCCUUCUGGUGUCUUUCCGACAUUGUACCACAUCAGCCUGGUCUGGGGAGAUCCAGAAAACUGUGUCUGCAGAUGUCAUCCAUAUAUACCUCCAACAAAAGCAACCCAACUGUAUGUCGCGUUUGUCCUCCUCACUUGAGCAGUUCAUUUGCUGCGGUGACUGGAUAUAAGUCGCUUGUUGCUGUCGGAAACACACGGGGAAGUGUUCUUAUAUGGGAUAUGGAUUCAGGGUGUCUGUGGCGUGAAUAUCAAGUUUUGUCCGUGCCUGUUCUUGGUGUUGAGUGGGUGUCACUGGCGUCCGGUGGCCUUUGCAGCCAGGCGGAUGUUGAACCCCUGACACCGGAUGUCGAUGGCGCUUCAGCAUCGGAUGGAUUAAAUCUGGGUGUAUUUGUUCAGGGUUGGCAACCCAGGGAAAGACUGACGUCGGCUGCAGCGGACAGUUCAGUGGAUGAAUCACAACAAGAAGGACGGAAUUUCACGGUUUUGCUCAAUCUCAUUACUGGGUUUAUCACUCCUAUCCGCUCAACUUCAAUGGAUACCACAGCUUCUGGCACACCUGUUCGUCGAGGCACUAAUUCGGCUUCAACCCCCUCAUAUGAAAGUCCGAUUGAAUGCGCACAUGUCAGUCACUACGGGCAAUACCUCGCAAUAUUGUUGCGGAAUCAGCAUUUGGAACUAUGGAGUUUACACAAUUUGAAGUUGAUACAACGGCUAUCUUUUGGUGAUUGGGGAGCUGGCGUCGCUCUGGAUUGGUAUCAGUCGGUCGCGAAGCCAACGGAGUCAUCUUCCCCACCAUCUUUCAUGUUUGCUUUAGAGCGUGAUGAAAAUUCGAAGGUUUCGGAUCAUCACCGGUCGCCGACGCAACGAAACCUUACUAUGCGACGCGAAUCGCUCAUUAUGUGCUCAACUACAGGCAACCUUCGUUUGGUUGUUGUUGAUGGUUCUGAAGUGGACUCCACGGUCAUUUCACAGUCGAUCUUACAAGGUUUGCCGGCAUCAAGCUUGGAGCGUUUGAGUGCGGUUGCUUGGUUCGCUGAUCUCAUCGCUCUGGGUACAUCUGAUGGGUUUGUUGUUGUUCGGGAUCUGCACAACAAGAAAACUAUGGUUCGCGUUACUUCAGGAAAUGGCUGGUUUUCUACCACCGAAAGUCCACCCGUAGAAGCUAGCAUAACAGACCCGAAGUCUUCUGUUGCCGCAAUCUCACUAACGAGCCGCCACACGACUGGUGUUCGGAGGCUAAAAUUCCUGUACGGGUCACCGACCUAUUCACGACUUCUCGUACUCCUGCACGAUUCAGUUUACAUUUGGCAACCACGAGAAAUGACUUUGUUAUGUAUGGCCCGCUUUGGAGGUCGUGAUCAACGCUGUGUUGUGAGUGCCGACUGGGCUUGCCCAGUUUUUGGACCGACGAAUCCUGCCAUAUGUCUUCUCGUUGGCGCAGAUGGAGCACUACGGUUGGUUCAGGCUGGUCCGACUGCGGUGGAGAUGACCCCAGCGGAAACGGCCAAUUCCAGCUCGUUUAACCCUGAACUACCGAGUACACGAUUCUUCGGAAGUAGCGCGAUCCCCGACUUGCCGGAUGCUAAUGAUACCUCUCUCGUUCCUGCUAUGCGACCUUCCGCCAUCGCUUUGACGAUUCGGCACCUUCUACAGAACCAACCGUGGUUGACGAAAUCGUCAGAGCAGAGAUCACCAACUGCAGAUGAGCUACUCGAGGGCAUAACAGAAGCAGAUAUUCCAUCAGGGGAUGACCGCAGUGAAUUCAAGGAAAGCACGCUUCAGCUUGUGUGCCCUCCGUUGGCGCGUGGAUUUCACAAGGUGCGAGAAUCCGUUGAUGCCUUUCUCCACAGUCUGGCUCAAAGGACUGAACUUCGAAAGGCUUUCUUAAGGCCAUCUGCAACAAUUAUCGAGCGGUGCUUGUGGACGGCACAGUUAUUCGGUGAUACCUACGAAAUUCGAUUUUGGCGUAUGGUGGCAAGUCGCAUGCUUCCUGGCAUAGGGGACGAGCGCACGCACUACGCCCUUGAUUUAUCUUGGGACUUGUUGGCCGACCAUAGCCUUUACAAAUCGUCCGCGAUCUCCCGACUUAACCUUCUCGAAUCGAGUAGGAGUACCGUUGCGCACCGAAAUGAAUGCAUCCACUAUCUCUUACUGCUCGGUCAACAUGAGCGCGCUGUCUCCCUGCUUUUGGAAACCCCUCCGAAUUCGCCCAACUACAGCGCGAACAUGCACCGGGCCUGUUUGUUGGCCGCUAACUUGUCGGGCAAAUUUCUUUCUCCUCAAAAUCCCAGUGCUAAUCAGGUUGCCGAGGAUACUUACCUAAGUACGGUUAAACUGGUUGCGACAAACUUGUUGUCCAACGGCCAACUCGAUACCGGUAUCGAGUUACUUUGUUUGAUUGGGCUGUAUUCGGAUGCUUGUCGCUACCUGGAAUCUUUCGACCGAUGGGAACAGUCCAUUUGGUUGGCCAAAUGUACUCUACCGGAUGUCGAAAUUAACAGGGUGCUUCGCCGAUAUGCUGCCUACUUGUCUUCUCCACAAGUAAACCGAAAGGACUUUGCGGUUUUAAUCUACGUUCUGUUAGAUGAACACAAUAUGGCGUUGAAGCUGUUGUUCAGCCUAAAUCAGUUCCAGUUGGCGGCUCGUUACCUGGAGGCCUGUCUUCAAAUGGGAAAGUUGAGUUGGUCAACAGAGAAUGAUCACUUGUACUCUGCUAUUUUUAUGGAAUUCUGCAAAAUUCUUAUCAAACUUGGUCAUCGGGGGUCAGCGAGUUACUACUCUGCGUUGGCUGGAAAACUGAAAGAUACUCUGAAAAAUGAAAUUGAUUUUAUGCUUUCUUAACCUAACGGCUGUGUUCAACGAGAACUAACUUAUCCACUUGUGUCCAUAUUGUGAUAAUUUUUCGCAUCUUUGUGUACUGUGAGGAGUCUAACUUUGAUUUAUCAUGUCUACUUGCAU